AUGAUCGCUGGUCCUAGAGCUAAGAUCACUGAUUUUGGCAUGUCCAAGCUUGCCACAGUCAAUCCUCGGAUGACAGCCUUGACCCUGUGCCCAGGUAACAUCCUUUACAUGUCACCUGAAGCUCUUGACGAUGCAAAGGUUUACACAGCCAAGCUAGACAUCUUCUCCUUUGGUGUAAUAGUCAUCCAGAUCUUGACCAGGCAGUUCCCCAAUCCCACCGACCGAUUUCGCUCUGUUUGGACGGCUUCCACUGAGGACUCCGAAGAUGAGACAGUGGAUGUUCGGCAGGUUGUUCCUGACAGGGAACGACGCAAGCAACACCUCCAGUUCAUUCCAGACAGCCACUCACUAAAACCACUAGCCCUUCAGUGCCUCAAAAGGAGAGAGAGACUGCGUCCAUCAGCUAUAGAGCUCUGUGAGAAUAUUACUGAGCUAAAGGAGUCCCCUCAGUAUGGGGAGAGCCUAGAGCAGGUGCAACAUACUAACAGCAGCAUCAUCCAGCGACAGAUUGAAACUGAGCAUCGGGCAGAGAUGGCAGAGCUACAGGCAGUGAUAUGUGACAAAGACAAGAAGCUCCAAGAUUGCCGCAGGUUGGUACGCAGCUUGGAAACGCGGCUUCAAGGAUCCAGGCAAACUCUCGAGGACAAGAACAGGGAGCUGUGGGCGAAGGAGACUGAAUUGAUAACCUUGAGUGGGGUGAUGAGAAGACAAGAGAGGGAGCUGCAAGAGAUGCAGCAGAAACUUCGUGGAGGUGAAAGGAUGGAAGUAUUAAAGUUGACAGAGAGCACUUCAAAUGAUACAGUUAGCAAAAGUAAGCCAGAGCUGUGCGAGACACCGCAAAAAGAUACGUUAAUCGUUGUACAAAAGAACAAAGAAGAUUUGAAUGUAAUGCCGGUGCCGACCUCAUCAGUGGAGGAGCACAGGCAGGUGGAGGAUGAACCAGUCAUUAUUGACCUACCACCAGAUCACCCUGUCAGACUAUUGGAGGCAGCAGGUGGUAGGAGAAGUGUCAGGGCUAUGACAUGGACGAGGAGCAAGAGUGCACCAGAGAAGCUGAGGAGGGGGGCAACUGUGGUGCAUGGGAACAAGGCCUAUUUCAGACCUGCCAACUCAGUCAAAGCCUACUGCUACGAUAACAUAGUUGGGAUACAGCACUGGUCCCAGCUGCCCGAGAACCCAAAUACUAACUGUGGCCUGGUUUUUCUCGAUCACCUCACUACUGUUGGUGGCAUUGGUUACAACAGUCCUACAAAUGUCCUCCUUAGUCUUGUCGACGGAAAGAAGGAAAAAGAGUGGCGCGAGAUCUUUCCUCACAUGGCCAUACCACGAUACGGUGCAGCAUGUAUCACAACUGAGAAGGCUUUGGUGGUAGCAGGAGGUCUUGCAGCUGACGAAGGACUCAACACUGUCGAGGUUAUGAGAACUGACACCAAACAAUGGAGCAUAGUGUGCUCUCUCCCACGCAAGUGCUCGUGGAUGUCCCCUGCCAUUAUGGGAGACAUGCUCUACCUAGCUGGUGGCUUCAUACAGGACAAGCCUUCCAACUGUGUCCUUUCCUGCACAGUUUCUAAUCUCCUGACGUCGUCCACUUUUGGGUCCAAGAUACUGUGGAGUCUUUCUAGUAGUCUCGGAGCAUGGAAGGAAGCAAGCCAUGUCCCUGUAACUCGUUCAACUCUUGCUUUGUUUGGUGGGAAUCUCCUGGCUAUUGGUGGGGAGGAUGACUCAGAGAAACCUACUGCCGUCGUCUACGGAUAUGACCCCACCACUGACUCAUGGAACAGAGUCACUCAGAUGAAAGACAGGCGAUCCUGGUGCCUUGCAGCCACACUCCCUGAAAACAGGCUGGUGGUAGUAGGAGGAUUUACUGAUAGAGAUGGUGACAUUACCUGUAGUGUUGAGGUUUUGAACUGA